UAUUGCAUACUACAGAAAUGCUUUUUUUUUCUUCCCCAAACAUUUAAAAAUACUCCAGACUUCCGUUUUUGUGGCUCUUUUUCAUGCAAAGGCCCCGUGCCUGCAUUUCACCCUGGCUGGAAUUCUAGCACGCUGCUAGACUUGAGCACGGCGUAAGACAGGCCCAGAACUUUCUCAGGCUUUCCAUUUCAGGAGACAGAAAGAAAUUGACUGAGAAGAAGCUGUCGUUUCAAUUGCUGAGAUCUGUGCAGAAGCAGGGUAUGUUUCUUUGCUGUUUUAAAAUUUGGCAUUCUUCAGGAUGACAGAGGGGCACCACAGCAAAAAUACUUCGGUUUGAGUGAGUGCGUGUAUUCGUCUUAACUCUGUCUUAUACCUAGUGCUCGGAAGGGAAGACGAAUGGGGUAAAUGACAACUGCAUUGAAGUGGAAAUUAAGUACUUUAAGUGGAAGGUUCUUUCUGUUUCAUUAUUUCCAUGGAAGUAGGUUCUUCUGAAGGGAUAAGAGAAUGAAGCCUCAUUUUUGGCAAUCUUGUAAAGCAAUCCAGAUAUUUAGAGAGGAGGAAAGUUGUGGUUGAGCAGGGGUUAUCGAUGGUAUUUUUUUUUUAUAAAGAUUUUUGUUUCUUUAGUAUGGAAGUUCCUCUUAAGUUAUUUUACUGGGUAUGCAUACUUAACGUUUGUUAGGGUAUUUCUUGAUAUACAAGCAGUCAGCUUUGAGUUUGCAGUGGUGUUAGUUGAAAUUUACUUUCAGGUGGCACGUGGUUGGAUUUCUGUUCAGAUAUUUAAGUAAUGAUGUAAUGAGCUCUAUGCAGGUAGUCUACAAAGAAAUUACAGUGUCUUAUUUUACUGGGCUAAAAUAAAUUAUUUCCAUUGAUUUUGAGAACUGGAAGAUCUUUUCCACACAUGGGAGAUAAUCCUUCAAAACCACAAACAAUAUUUAGUGAUACAGUUAACUAAUACAAAGCAUGGUUUGCAGUAAAUAGCGAGUUAUCUUUUUGGAAUUUCUUGCCAUAAAAACAUAGGGUUUUUUAGAUUUAAUUUUGAAAAACAAAGGUGUAGUUGCUAAAGUGCGUAUUCCUAUCUCCUGUCAGCUUUGAGGAUUUGUCAGGGGACAGACUGUAGACGACUGACCCAUGUCCAUACAUUUAACAUUGAGUAAAUGCACAAUAAUAUAGUUAAUGAAGGAAGAUUAUUCCAAGAAUUGUUAAAUGUUUCUGAUUUAAAUUUGAUGGAUUUAUUUCUAGCUAGAAGAACUAUUGAAGUGCUAGUUACCUGUAUGAGGAAAAAGGCAGUGUACGGGAGGAAGCAUGAAGUUACUCCCAAGAGCUGCCCCACACAUGGAAUUCUCACUGUAUUUUAGCACUAAGGAUUAAAACUAAAAAAAAAAAGGCAUAUUUAAAGUUUGCUCAUUGAGCAUUAUUUUACAGACUUAGAUGUGCCAUCAUCUGCCUGUGGACAGAGAUACAUUUCCCUAGGAAUAAUAGGCAAUUUUUGGUGAGAGGCUGGGUGUAUGGGUACAAUUUUUCGAUCUGGACCUCAGGCGCCGUCUGCCAAACGGAGCAGCUGUGGGACAUGUAACUUGUAGGUGGUCCUACGUGACGAUGUGAGGUUCAGAACCUUCAAAAGCAUUUUAUCACUUUAUCCAUGCUUGCACUUCGCUCGGAUCAAACUAUCAUUAAACUCGCAAUCCAACUGUAUCCUCUUAAUUCCCUGGUUAACCAAAAAGAGUCGCUCCCUGCCAUUUCUGAAAGACUUUUUUUUUUUUUUAACCCCAAGCUACUUUAUUGAGCAGCUGAUAGUGUGACUCCUCAAACACAAUGGCAGAAUUGACAGCAAAGGGUGAUGCUGUGACAGAAGUAAGUAACUGGUGGAGGGCGCAGGCUCGCUUAGAAUUGCUGCCGAGGCUCCAUUGUGAAGCUAUCCCUAGGUGGCAACAUGUUGGAAACUUCACUUACAGAAGAUCCAAAUGGAUUUUAACUCUAAUAAGCCUGAGCGUUCUACGUUGUCUGAAUUCUUUAAGGCAAGGCUAGUGCUUGACAAAAUUCCUCAGCAGUACAUCACCAGCUUCAGUCCAGCCCUGAUGAGCAUUAAUUAAAAGUUGUUCUUUGGUGGCUUCUGCUGCAUGAUGGGUGCAUGAUGGGUUCCCCCUUGUGUCAUGCUUCAUUUUCUAGCGGCUGCCAGAAUAAGCAGAGAGACCCAGAAUUGUAUGAAUUCUGGAAAUUGAACUGUCUUAACACUAGAGAAGCUUUUAAUUAAAUUCAAACCUCAAGUAGAGUUUUAGUAUAUUACCUGAAGUUUCUGUUUUGUAAUAAUUGUUGUAAAGAAAGGUAAGAAUGUAUACACAAUCACAUCAUUUAGUAACUCUCUACAGUUUACUACAUGGAUGGGUGGAGUACUUAAUAAUACACAGUAAUGCAGUGCAGUUUAUUACAAAACAUACAAGCAACUGAAAUUACUGAAGAAAUUUGUCUAAACAGAAUACAGUCAUCCAAGUUAUGAUUACCCAAGAUACAAGCUGUUAUUCUAGGAAAACAUUGGUUCAUCUUUAGUCAUAAUAGCUGCUUGUAAUAUUGAUUUCAACUCCUACUGAAAAGUUUUAAAAUAAGUCCUCACACAGUCAGAAUACUUUUGGUCACCUUGCCGUGCUUUGCUUCCCAAUGUGGUGGUUCAAACCUAACCCCAGGAUUUAUGUCAUGUGGCAAGCAUAGGCUACGUUUACGUCCUGAAAAGGUAGAGAACGAUAGUGUGUAUCUGUGUAAAAGGAGAAAACAGAGGGAAGUGGUUCACGCACUUGAAAGUGCUGCUGUUUUGUUAUAUGUUAGACUUUAAAAGUUACAUACAUAGGUGAAGAUUGUUUAAGACUCAAUUGCAAUUGAAGUGGGCUGACGCUGGCCUAGCAAGCCAAAGGCUCUGCCAACAGUGCCGUCUGACUUUUCAACUUUGUUAAAGAAAUAAUACUGAAUUGAGCUGUCAUUCCUUCCCCAGUAAGGUUUCACCCUGCUGGCCAGUUGUGAUUGAACAUGCCAGAGAAUAUCAGUCUGUGAGAUGACUGCACUUCUAAAGAUUCUGAGCUGUAGGUGAGCAGGUUGAAAAAACAUUUUAUGUGCCUGUGGGAAAGUAAGAGAAAAUCAGGGAGGAGGACUGUAAACACGCUCAACUGACCUGCACCUGGGGUGCUGAGAAAUACAUAUAUCACACUAAUGGGUGUUUAGUCUUGUGUGCUUGGUGAGUGGAACACCUGUGUUUAGAUACCACAGGCCUGUGAUGGAUUCGGGGGCACCCUGUGGAACCCGCUUGAGAUUCCUCCCUGCUCUGGGAAAGGUCAAAGCGCAGCAGUAAACCAUGCCUGCGUCACUCCGAUAUACAGGUGAAAACCAGCAGGUUCGGACUCUCUCUCUUGCUAACAAGGACUCUCUCAAAAACCCUCUCUAGCAAGGACGAGCUCUGCGGUGCCCGUGUUCCUGCUUGUGUGCCUCUGCCUGGCUGCAGCUUCGGAGAUGCCCCGGUUUGUGAGCUCCGUCUCUGAAGAUCUGGGUUGCAGACGUGGAGAGUUUAGCAGAAAGCAUUACGGAUCUGUGGAGCUUCUUAUAUCUAGUGAUGCUGAUGGAGCCAUCCAAAGAGCUGGACGCUUCCGUGUGGAAAAUGGCUCCUCUGGUGAGAACACAGAUUGCACUCCAGGGACAUGGCACAGAACGGAUGUGCAUUUGGAAAACCCCGAGUAUCACACAAGAUGGUAUUUCAAAUAUUUUUUAGGAAAAGUUCAUCAAAAUUAUAUAGGUACAGAUGCAGAGAAGAACCCUUUCUUUCUGUCUGUUGUACUGUCUGACCAAAAUAAUCAGCGCGUUCCUCAAUACCAUUCAAUACUUUGGAGAAAAACAGGUACUCAGAAAAUAUGUCUCCCUUAUAGUCCCACAAAAACGUUAUCAGUGAAAUCUAUAUUAAGUGCUAUGAGUCUUGACAAAUUUGAGAAGAGCCCAAGGGAAAUUUUUCAUCCUGAGAUACAAAAGGAUUUAUUGGUUCUUGAAGAGCAAGAGGGAUCUGUGAAUUUUAAAUUUGGAGUCCUCUAUGCUAAGGAUGGGCAGCUUACAGAUGAUGAAAUGUUCAGCAACGAAAUUGGAAGUGAAAGCUUUCAAAGAUUUUUGCAUCUCUUGGGUGACACAAUUACUUUGAAAGGCUGGACAGGCUACAGAGGAGGACUGGACACUAAAAAUGACACAACAGGAACCUGUUCCAUCUAUACAGUUUUUCAAGGGCAUGAAAUUAUGUUCCAUGUUUCAACCAUGCUUCCAUAUUCUAGAGAGAACAAGCAGCAGGUAGAAAGGAAGCGACAUAUUGGAAAUGACAUUGUCACUAUCGUAUUUCAGGAAGGUGAAGAGUCUUCUCCAGCAUUCAAGCCAUCCAUGAUUCGCUCUCAUUUUACACAUAUUUUUGCCUUAGUGAGAUAUAAUAAGCAGAAUGAUAGUUACAGGCUGAAAAUAUUUUCAGAAGAAAGUGUUCCUCUCUUUGGGCCUCCCCUUCCAUCCCCACCUGUGUUUACAAAUCACCAGGAAUUCAGGGAUUUUGUGUUAGUGAAAUUAAUAAAUGGGGAAAAAGCCACCUUGGAAACCCCAACAUUUUCUCAGAAACGUCAACGCACUCUAGACAUGCUGAUCCGCUCUUUAUACCAAGACCUGAUGCCUGAUCUACACAAGGUAAAUAACAUGCUUAAUAGAAGGUCCUUCAGUGAUGUGUUACCAGAGUCACCAAAAUCAACACGGAAAAAAGAGGAAGCUCGGCAAGCAGAGUUUGUCCGACUUGGUCAGGCAUUGAAAUUGAAAACCACUGUGAAAGGGGAUGCCACAGCUAACUUGGCAACCACAAGCUUUUGUAAAAAGGAGCCUUGGGAAUCUCAAUCUUUCUGCAGUAAUUUUCCUCAUGAGAUUGUCUGUGCAGAUUCUUGGGGCCAGUCCUUGCUGGUUUCUACAGAUGCUGGCAUCUUGUUAAUAGAUGACGGUCAACCAUCAGUGCAAGUAUUUGAUAAAACUCUCCAAAUAAAGCAGAUGCAUGUGUUGGAAGCUCUGGAUCUUUUGAUUGCCCGGACAGACAAAGGGAAAGAUUCUCGUAUCCUUGUCUUCAGACUCAGUGCUGUCCAAAAAGAUAUAGAAACAAAGCAAAUGAUAAGGAGCAAAUACGACUGCAGAGAAAAUAAACUGGAGAGAACAAAAGGCUGCCAUUUGUAUGCCAUUAAUACCCACCACGGCAGUGAACUGAGGAUUGUUGUGGCUAUUCGGAACAAACUACUUCUCGUCACAAAGAAAUACAACCCAUGCAACAGUUUAACCAGCAGCUCUGUGCUAUCGUCAUCUGAAUCUCCAGUAGAGGAGUUCCAGUACAUCCGGGAAAUAUGCCUUUCGGACCCUCCAGUGGUUAUGACGCUGGUGGAUGGACCUACUGAAGAGAGUGACAAUAUGAUCUGUGUGGCGUAUCGGCAUCAGUUUGAUUUAGUUAAUGAGAGUACUGGGGAGUCCUAUAGAUUGCAUCAUGUUGAAACAAACAAGGUUAAUUUUGUUGCGGCUAUCGAUGUAUAUGAAGAUGGUGAAGCUGGUCUACUGUUGUGUUACAACUAUGUUUGCCAAUACAGAAAGGUAUAUCCUUUCAAUGGAGGUUGUCCACUGAUCCAGCCGUCAGCUUAUGACUUCCACUUUAGCUGGAAUCAAGUUCCUUAUGCUGUUGUCUGUGCUUUUCCUUAUAUCCUUGCCUUCACUACUGAUUCCAUUGAGAUCCGGUUAGUGGUGAAUGGGAACUUAGUCCACACAGCAGUUGUGCCUGAGCUUCAACUUGUAGCAUCAAGGUCAGAUAUUUAUUUUAAAGCUACUGCUGCAGUAAGUGGAUCAUCUGACAGCAGCUCUAAGGAAAAGAGUUCAAGGAGUUCUCCUCAAACACCGACAGCUUAUGAGAUGCCAGAAUGUCCUCUUUCUUCUCUAGAAGGUGAAGUUCCAUGCAAAAACCUGUACAAAAUCCCUCUCAGUAAUCUGGUUGGGCGAAGCAUUGAGCGGCCUCUGAAGUCACCUUUGGCUCCCAAGGUCAUCGCUACUACAACGUCCAGUGGAAUUGCCUCUCUUCCAGUUACUCACUCGCUAUCCUUAUCUCGCAUGGAAAUUAAAGAAAUUGCAAGCAGAACACGUAAAGAAUUGCUGGGCCUCUUGGAUGAGCCUAUACCCAAGACAGAAAGUGCACAGAAGCAAAAAAAGGUUCCUCGAAGACAGUCGGACCCCAAGCAGGGAGCAGUAAGAUCCACUAGUAGUGACAGGAUAAUCUCAAGCUCUUUCGAAAGCUAUUCUGAAGGACAUCAUCUUUCCGCUAGUUCAGAUCCCGAUACUUUAUCAAGCAGGGAGGAGAGCAUACCAUCUAGCUAUCCGUUUCAGCUUAUUUCUUUAUAUGAUGAAGACAUCAUUGACUUGAAGUGAAGACGGUCUUAAAACCUUUCUUCCUUACUUCACGUUUUCUUACACCUCUGUGAGCUCUAUGGGAAUGUCACAAACACUGCUUCUAGUGGUAAAACGUGGCUGGAAGUGUUGGUGAUUAAUCUCUAUAGAACCCAUGUUGUUCUGGCUAGCUCAGCCUGAUUUGGUGACGCUAAUAUCUUUGACGUAGGUAUGUUUUCUUUUCUCAGUUAAUGAACCGUUACUUUUCGUGGCAUUCUAAGAGUAGGUAAUCGAUGAGAGAUUUAGGCUGAAACCGAAGUAAAUAAAACGUAUUACUUGUUUCUGAGCUUCUUACAAUUUGAAGUACGUGAAUGACAUUCAGCUAAGUUAAUCGCUGUUAUUACUAUCGUGAGUUGUUUUACAACGGUGUGUGUCGUGUGGGAGGAGGGAUUUUAUAGCAUAAAUCACUCCUGGUUUUUCAGUAUUUAAAAAAAAAAAAAAACAAAACCAAAAACAACAAACAAAACAAAACAAAAAGGCUUGCAGGCAAGGUCUUUCCAAACAUUGCAGUCUCUCCUUGAAAUGAUGCCGCUGCGAUAUGUUCACCGAGGAAUCAAGGAUGUUCUAUAAAGAUCAGGUAAGAUAUGAAGAUGCUGCUUUCUUUGCUCUGGCCUGUCCACGCACUUUUUUUAAAGAAACUUGAGAACUGUUUUGGCAUUAAGAAUCCUUGAGCAGAGAGACUUUUUAUAAGAAACUUUCAAAAUAUUCCGUAAGAAUUGGAAGUGAAAAAAACAAACCCAACUGUGUUUCUCCAUCGACUGGAAAGCUGUUGCAGUAGGGCACCUGCAGAUUUUGCCAUUGCAGGCAGAAGAGCCAACCCCCGCUUUUCUUUGUGGCUACACAGAGAUCCCCGUGCAGGCGCCGGCAUUAGCCCUUGUCUGCUCUUGCCUCAACAGUGUACGUCAUUAUUCCAGAGAAUCACAGUUUUCUACCUGGAUCCAGACUGAAAUUUCACUGCUAAGAAGCCAGUUUUCUAUGAUGAAAUAGUCAUCUUAGAUCUUUUUUUUUUUUACGUUAAGAGACAGGGUUUCAUGUUUAAAGCUUGAUUAUUUUUUUAACCCUUUCCUCUAUGCCAAAAAUCAAUUUUAAACAGUAUUUUGGAAGGGUUUUGUUUUGUUUGUGUUUUUCUGCUUGUUUGUUUUGUUUCAUGAAAGCGUGAUGCUCUGAUGAUUUUAGCUUUAUUAGCAGGUAUUUCUUGUUCUAUAUGUAGAAAUAUUUCUGUAUCCUUGAUUUUAUUUCGUAAUGCCAUUCACAUGUCAUGGUUUCACUUUCUGUCCAAGCCUGACCAUCUGGAGGUGUGUGCCUUUUGCUUCAGUCUGUCUGAAUGUAAAUCUGUUUUUGCAAAGUAUUUUUUGCCCAAUUUAUUGUAUAUAAUACACCUAAGAAAAGAUGUAAGGAAAGCCUUACCUGAAAGAAUAAUUUCUUACUCCCAACUGGAGUGGCUGACCAAGGAAAGAAGCAAUAUUUUCGACAGUAAUUAAUGUAGGAGCAGCAGCAGUACUAACCAGUGGCUACUAUUAUUUUAGUAUUUUUGCACCCAUAGAUGUGUGACGGUGAACCUGAAUAAGCAUUUAAAAGGAAGGGCCAGCUCCAAGUCUUUGCAAGAGCUUGUAAUACUUUCUGAGAAUGUUGGUUCUAGAGAUGGUGUUAAUUUACCCUGUCCUGUUUAUUUGGGCAGCUAAGGUUUAAAAAAAUCAAUCUGAAAGUAUCACGUGGUGCUUAUUUUCCUGGAAGUUGUAAACACUUCUGUGGACUUACCGAAUGCACUUUAGGGAGCACUGCUUGCACUCAGCUAUUUUCAGAAAGCAAAAGCACCACCUUUUUCCAUAAACGGAUUUAUCGAUGCAGUAUUUUAUUUCAAUUAUGUGAGCGUGUUGCAAAACUGGAGCUUCAGCUAAAAUACAACUUUAACUGGAAACUUUGCUUUGCACUGUUAGGUUAUCAGAUUUUAACUGUCUUGCAGAUGUUCACUUGUGCUAUUCUAGAGGAUUUAACGUGACUCAACCCUACCUGAGCAAACACGUAUUUAGGUAUCCUGAAAGACAAGCCUCAGAGAUGGAGCACUAGGGAGAUCAUGGAGAAUGAGGAAAGCGUGACCGCUGGCCGUGAUGGCAGUCAGGAUGCGUACGGAUGGGGCGUUUGCGUGAUAACCGAGACUUGAUUAUAGAAAGGGGGGCCAUGAAGUAAGAGUUACUUUCUUUAACCAGAACCACAGCAGUGGCUGUAGAGUAUUGCCGUAAAGUAAGAGUGUGUGUGUGAGAGAACCUUUGCAGCUCUGCCUGUAGUCUCAGCAUUGGUGGCACCUAGCAAAUGCUAACGGACAGCCAAAGGACUCUGUAAGGAGUCCAGAGUAAAUUUCAUUGCUUAAGCUAGACAAAACCAGAUUGGACUAGCUUCGUGGUACUUACCUGGGACAGGAUGGCGGUGUAGUUUCAAGAGGGAAGCCCAGCAGCUGCCUCCCCCGCGCCUCCCACCUGAAUUUUAUGCUAUAGCUCAGCUUAAUGGGUCAGGUGCAAGCUGUUACGCACGUCACAAGGGGAACUACCAGACCUAAUAGACUAUUACUCAUGUGACAGGAUGGAUCUGAACCCUGGAAGAAAAUUACCUGUCUUCAUUCCUAAUGUACGCAGUAAGUGCCUUAACAAGGCUGCAGCUUCUUGAGUCUUUGCUUUUCUAAUUAAUCAGCGUGCCUUGCAGGGAUGUAGGGAUAAUAUUGGACCUAGCAAAAGAAGUUGGGAGGGAUCAGGCAACAUUAGUUUGGUUUAUGACACCUAGAGAUGGUCGCUGAGGCUUUACGCUCAUGUAUUUGUAGUUUACUACCUACUUACUAUGCGAGAGCAGCCCAGAGUGUAGGUAGAGGGCAGAGACCAUGGUAAUAAUGUUCCAAUUUUAUUUGACAUAAGCCACAAGAACCAAAUUCUAUGAAGGUCUUUAUCACAUUUAUUGUAUCAAAAGACAAAAUAUCCCACAAUAAUGUGAAAUUGCUGGCACAGCUGGACAAAUACCCGCUGUACAAGGAGGUGGUUUCUGUGGGCUCUCAACGGUUUCCUCAGAGCGCCGUGAGUUACGUGCCUCUCAGUGUGAUGUGUUCGCAUCCUCUGAACGACCUUCUAGCCAUUGUUUCUGUCAAAAUACUGUCUUAGAUCCAUGCCAUUCGGACUGCUAAUUAAAAUUAAAACAAAAGCCAGCUGGUAGCAUCGAUGCAGCUCUUGUGCAUCAUUUAUAAAGGGCAAGGUUUUUAUACAUCUAUGCAACUUCUGCUACUUCAGACGGGUGUCAGAUGACAAGGCUUGUUGGAAGGUACCGGGCUGGGUGUUCACUCCAGCCUUACAGCCAUGUUGUUUCCCUUCUGCGUUGCCUGCACGUGCGUGCAUCUACGCAGUGAAACUUAGAAAGUAGUCUUAGGCACCAGUUGUAGCCAUGUCCACCCUACGCACAACCCAUCCGA